AUUGCUGUGUGUGCUUUAGAAGGAAAGAAGCGGCAAGGGCUUCUUUUGCUCUUUCGGCGACGAGGGAAUGGCGCGGGUGAGGAUCGCCGCGCAAUGCUGGAGAUCAUCCCAGCUGCGCCGGCGCUAGAACCCUAGCUCCGCGAGGAAAGAGGUCAAGGGUUUAGGUGCCAUUGGAAUCACAGCGGCCAGGAUUCUCAAUCUCUCUCCAUGGAAGAAGGCGAUAGGAAGACUUACGGCCUCGCCAAUACCGCGCACACGGAGAUUGCGCAGUCGCUGCCGCUGCCGAGCCUUCCAAUCGGGUUUGGAGCGACGAGCCAGGGAUUAUCGCUGUUUGAGGAGAAUGAGCAUGCAGCGCGGCUCCAGGGUGCUAGAGAUGCCGCGAUCAUGUCCAAGGCCGGGAAAAUUGCGGAGCUUCUCGCCAAUACCGACUCGAGCUACAUCACCUUGAAAGACGAGACAUCGAUUCCGCCCGUUGUGGCCGAGCCUGGAAGCUUGGCGGCCGCUGUUCUUAAGUUUAAUCCCCAAGCAUUUAGUUGCCGUUUUUCAGCUCCCUUGAAAGCUGAGGUGCCUAAAGCGAAGUCACAGCCAUCAUCUUUCGCAGCACGUACAGGACCUUUGCAAAACUCAGAGGAUCACGAAGAGCAGUCUACGGUGAAAAAGCCCAGGCUAAAGCGUAAGCACCAGCAUGAUGCGGAUCAUCAAGGCAAAGAAAAGCGGGCGGCAGAUUCUGGACGUCGUGAACUGAAACAAAAUGGUAUCACCAGUGGAAUAUGUGAGCUUUUGAACGAGUUCCUUGAGAGGUCAGACACUCAUGGUGAUCCUGACGGUGAAGAGGAAGGAACGACCCUGUCCCUCCAAGAGAUGAAAUCAAUCUCGGAGGAGAUUACCUCACUUCAUGCAAAGGCUGCUGUGUCUAAGAUCCCUUCCGAGCGGCUUAUCAAGCUUUUAAAUUUUCUGGAUCGGCACGUCAGGCAUGCUCAUUUGAAGGAAAUAGACGAAGGAGAUGACGUAGAGUCCGACAAUUUUGAGAUUGUCAUGACCGCGUUAGAGGCGGUUCAAGUAACAUUGAUGAUCAUGUCCUCUCCCAAAAUGCCCAAGCAGAUUUACAAGGAAGAGGUCAUCGAUAGAAUCAUAGAGUUCACGCGGUAUCAGAUUGUCCAUAGUGUUUUUACGGCAUAUGAUCCUCUUUACCGACAAGUUCAUAAGAAUGGUGGCGACGAAGAUGAAGUGGACGAGGAAGAAGAAGAUGAAGGAAAAAGGGGCAGGCGAAAGAGUCGAUCAGGGAAGGCUAAGAAACUGACAUCCUCUAGGGUGUCUACUGCUGUCUCUAUAGUUCUUCAUAAGCUGUGUAGCAUACUUGCGCUUUUGAAGGACCUAUUAUCAGUGGAGAAACUUCUUGAUAGCACCAUUCUUCAACUAAUGAAGACUGUUCUCGGCACGUUUGGUGUUGACAAUAUACAACUAUUGCAGUUAAAAGCGAUUGGCGUUGCCAGCAUGGUUUUCAACAUCUACCCGCAGCAUCAGACGGUAAUGAUCGACGAGCUUUUGUCCAUGUUAUGGAAGCUCCCUUCUUCGAAAAAGAACCUGAGGACAUAUCAUCUACCAGAGGAAGAACAUAAGCAGAUACAGAUGCUAGUAGCAUUACUUCUUCAACUGGUGCAGUGCAGCGUUGCUCUUCCGGAAUUGAGAACUGGACAGGAGAAGGCCUCUACCGAUACUAGAAAAUGCUUUGAACCUGCAGUUAGCAUAUGCAAUUACUUCUGGAGGAAUGUCUUUCAACGAUGGGCUGUGCCAAAGGCUCAAGAAGGUUCGGAUGUCAAAUUAGUGAUGGAGAACCUAGUAUUGGAUCUGUUGGCGACUAUAAAUGUUCCGGAAUUUCCAGCUGCAAGCCUUCUCCUGCAGGUGCUUUGUGUGCUGCUUUUAGGCCCCGCAGGGGUAAAAUCCAAAGAUGUUCCAGUCCGGGUUUCUGCCAUUGAUAUCCUCGGUCAAAUCGCUGCACACUUGAAAAGAGAUACGGUGGCUUAUAGCAAAGAUAACCUUUGGAUACUACAGGAAACUCAGGAAGGUCCUAGCAGCUUCGCAAAAGAUGUUUGUACAAGCUGUGGUCACUCGAAAGCCAAUAAGUUCAUCCUGCGGUGUGACAGUUGCAAACGGUGGUUUCACGGAGAUUGUGUCGGUGUUACUGGACAAGAUCUUAUUGGGAGAGGAUGGUUUUGUCACUGCUGUCUCUGUAGAAACCAACUUGCUUCCUUCGACCCAGGAUCGAGUGGAAAGUCCCAUGAUACUUACAAAGUUCCUGAAGAUGGAGCAGUUAUCGUUCAGCAGAUUCUCUUGAAUUUCUUACGGGAAACUGAUAGCGGAGACAACGUCUCGUUUUUCGCUCGGAGAUUUUAUUUGUGCCUUUGGUACGGGUAUGAUCCGCAAGGGUUACAAAGUCUUGCUUUUUACCAUUGGAGAUGGGGAUCGAAAGCUCCACAUCAGGACUUUGGAAUUACGUCUAAUGCCAUUUCUCGAGACAUCAUUGUUCGCAUUACUAGAGCACUGGGACAACAGAGGCCGCUAGCACGAGGAUUUGAUAGAAUUUUGGAGCGGCUUCUGGCAAGCCUGCAGGAAAAUGCAUCUAAUCCUCGAGCAAAAGCUUUGAAAGCGGUUAGUGCAAUCGUUGAAGUCGAUCCUGGAGUACUAGCUGAUGAAAGAGUACAGAAAGCCGUUGAAGGCAGAUUUAUGGAUUCGGCUAUAUCCGUGCGAGAAGCUGCGAUGGAACUUGUUGGCCGCCACAUUGUAUCUCGUCCGGAUGUAGCUAUCAAGUACUUUGAUCGGCUAUCUGAGCGCAUUAUGGACACUGGUGUCAGUGUGAGGAAGCGGGUCAUAAAAAUUCUUCGUGAUUUUUGCUUAUUGGCGGGUGGAUUUCCAAAAGCAACCGAUGCAUGCAUCCGUGUUAUUUCUCGAAUCAAUGAUGAUGAAGCCAGCAUUCAGGAUCUCGUGUGUAAGACAUUUUAUGAACUUUGGUUUGAAGAGCAUCCUGGGCAGCAGACGCAGUUUGUUGCCGACGGAAGUAUUGUCCCUUCUGAGAUUGCUGAACGCGUACAACAAAUCGUGGAUGUCUUAAAAAGUCUUCCAAACCAUCAGCCGAUAGUGAUGAUUAUCAAGAGAAGUCUAACCUUAGAUUUCAUUCCUCAAGGUUCAAAGACGGCUGCUCCCACCAAUAUUUCUCAGGCUGCCGUGCGUAAUCGAUGCGAACUCAUGUGCAAGUACCUUAUGGAGUGCAUCCUGAAGGCCGAAGAGACGUCCGAGGAUUCAGAGGUUCAGGCGUUGCCUUAUGUGUCUGCUUUGCAUGCAUUCUGCAUAGUUGAUCCUACUCUUUGCGCACCUGCUUCUGAUCCAUCACGGUUUGCGGUAACCUUGCAGCCAUAUUUGAAAACACUGGCUGAUAAUCGCGAUAUAGCACAGCUUUUGCAAAGCAUUGUUUAUGUAAUAGAUACUGUUCUCCCGCUACUCAGAAGACCGCCUCAAAAUCUCGUGGAAGAACUAGAGCGAGAUCUGCGACAGCUCAUUGUUCGGUAUUCAUUCUUAACCGUCGUUCAUGCAUGUAUAAAAUGUUUGGCUUCCUUGACAAAAAUCUCUUCCAAGAAAGGAGUCGUGUUUGAUUUCCUAGUCCGGCAAUUCUACAAAGUUCUCGAGUCGUGGCAAAACAGUGAAAUGAUUCAAGAGAAGCCAGUAAGCGUGAAGUUGCAUACCGUUUUUCCUGAUAAUGUUUUUAUGCUCCAGAACAUUCUUCGUUCUUUGUUUUGCCUCGGGUUAUUUGUCCGGUACGGAGCAGAGCUUAUCGAUGGCAUGAAUGACCACGAUGUUACCAUGGAUAGCGUUUUAAAUUUGUACACACACUACCUUCAAAGUGAAGAUUUUGAAGUCAAGGUUAAGGCACUACAAGCGGCAGGAUUUGUGUUUCUAGCGAGGCCAGAUUUUAUGAUGAACGAGAGCAUUGGAAAGGUUUUGGGGGAUUCAUUGAUUUCCAAAGCUGAUACGCGAUUGAAGAUGCAAACGCUUCGGAACUUUUACGAGUAUCUGCUCGACGUGGAAAAACAAAUGGGAUUGGCAAAUGCGAAGGAUGGCGAAAGCCGAGACGCUACAACAGCUGUUCCUAUUGCGGCAGGGGCAGGCGAUAGUAACAUUUGUGGGGGUAUAAUUCAGCUACAUUGGGACCGUAUCCUGGAAAGGUGUCUGGAUAAAGACGAGCAGGUCAGGCAAGCUGCGAUUAAGGUUGUUGAUGCAGUUUUGCGUCAGGGUUUAGUUCAUCCCAUGACGUGCGUACCUCAGCUUAUAGCACUUGAAGUAGACCAACAAGAAGGCAUAUCUAAGCUUGCUCAUCGUUUGCUAAGCAAUCUAAACGACAAAUAUCCAUCGUUCUUUGAAACUCGUCUUGGCGACGGAUUGCAGUUGUCCUUCACCUUCAUUCAGACUGGUGCAACACACGCUUCACGCGUGAAAAACAAAGUCGACCAAAACGAGGCUGCUUUUGCGCGCGCAGGAAUUUCUCGUAUAUACAAGCUCAUUCGGGGGUCGCGGAACUCAAGAAACAAGUUUUUGGCAUCUGUAGUUCGCAAGUUCGACUGGAUAACAUCACAAGCAUCCACAUCUUUUUUGAUGUAUUGCACCGAGAUUCUUGUUUCAUUGCCGUUCAAUCUGCUGGAAGAACCUCUCUAUUUGAUAUUCGCCAUCAAUCGCAUUCUGCAAGUCCGAGCGGGUGACCUUGAGGCGAGCAUCAAAGCGGAGUUCCAACAAGAACCACUUUGUGGUUUGAUGAAACAAACCGCACCAGAUGCAACAGAAGAAGGCACUUCAAUUCAGGUUCCCCAAGAGGUGUUGAAACACCUACAGGUUCAGUCCGAUGGGGCAGUGGCGUUAUCUUUGCUUUUAAAGAUGAAAAGGCACUUGAAAAUCACGUUUUGUCUUGACGAUGCUCGGUGUCAGGCCUUCCAACCCUCAGAUCCUGUAAAGUCCGCGGAGGUAGUUUCAAGACAGGCCGCCAAAGACUUCGAUUGUACUGACAUCUUUGCUAAACAACCGGAGAAUGUGGCUGAAGUUGUACAACGCUAUCAGCUAUUCAAAUCUUUGCUAAAAGCUGACACAAUGGACUACUCUGCUUAUGCACCGCCUGCUUCAACCAGAAAGAGGGGUCGUUCCUCUGCAGCGGCGGAUGGUCUUUACCAAGGGAACGGGCAUGUCGGGAGUAAGCUGCGGAGGAAAAGUGCGCCUCCUGCUCCUGCUAGUGACGACGAUGGAGAUCCCGACGCGCAGGAAGAACAUGGAAGAACGCCCUCAAAGCGAAGGAAAGGCAAGAGCAGAAAACCAUAGCUUUUCUCUCCUUUUCCUUUUUCCAUCUCCACGAUUUUGGCUGACUGUAACAUACUUCUUUGCCUGAGAACCUCGCUCACUCUCCUGUAAGUACCCCUCUUCUCCUCUUUUCCUACAUUCUGACAGUUGUAAAUCAUUUCUUUUGUGGAUACUCACCAUUGAAUCAUUGCAAUGCAACCGGCAAUCAAUCGAGACAAAAAAA